GAGCGUUCCCACAUCGAGAAUUCGCAUCCCAGUUGUAUUCUUUUUGUUUUCUAUUUUUUUUCAAGUGAUCCCUGUGCAAUCUGUGAUUUGUGAGAAAAUGUUGCGACCCAUUUUGACCAUUGCCGUUCUGCUUUUGGGCUUUUCCUCGGCCGUUCUGGCCGGACGUCUUAGCCAGCGGUAUCUGCCCGCUCCGCAGGCCAGUCAGCUGCACUAUCACGGCGUCAGUGGCCAAGGACACGCUCGUCCUGGCGCUGGACAUCCAGGUGGUGCGACGGGCGGCGCUUCCGGCUUCCAGCGCCAGCAGCAGCCCCAAAUUCCGAUCGUGCGGAGCGACUACCAGAGCGACGCCAAUGGCAACUACAACUUCGGCUUCGACACGGGCAAUGGAAUCCAUCGCGAUGAGACCGGGGAGUUCCGUGGAGGAUGGCCCCACGGAUCGUUGGGUGUUCAGGGAUCCUACUCGUACACUGGCGAUGAUGGCAAACAGUACACGGUGAACUAUAAGGCGGAUAAGAACGGAUUCCAUGCCGAAGGUGCCCAUCUUCCUGUUUCUCCAUCCGUUCCCGCCGUUCCAGCUGGUCGCAGUUCUUAUGGCGCUGGUGGUGGUGCUGGCUAUCGAGGAUCGGCAUCGUCGCAUGUCCCUGCUCCUGCUCCAGCUACCAGAUAUUUGCCCCCAGGAUAUCGCCAGCGCAGGCACUACUGAAGGACGUAAUCCAUCUAUUCUAUGUACUGUAAAUUUCAAUAAAUUGAUACUCUUUUUGGAAAUACUC